AUACCGGUAUACAUUUACCCAAUCUCAAAAGAUUAUGGUGCAAUAAAUUCUAUCUUAGUAAUUGGGUAUGACAAAAUGUUUGGGCCGCAGAGGCUAGAAUGAGGACAUUUCACGAGCCCAUAGUGCGUUCACCAGUUACGACAUUCUUCUUCUUUUUCAUCGGGGUUUUCUUUCUUUCUGCAAAUCUAAUUCAUGGUGCUUCUCACUUCUCAGCCAGCCAGCCAUGAAAAAUUCCUGAUAGAAUCCCGGAAAAUAUGGAAGAAGACCUCCGAAUCUCCAUCGACAAGCUUCCAAUCAACCGCAUUGAAUUCGUCGACGAAAACGGUGUCGAACGGUUUCCUUCUGAUGUAGGGUACGAUGAUAAGACGGUGAACUUAAUAAGGAGAAUUGACUUCGGGUGGGCGGUGGAGAGGGAGGAUCCCAGUAAGAAGCAGAAGAAGAUUGCCGUCUCGAGUUCUUCGUCGAAGGAGACAUGCGGAAAUCAACCAUGGCAGUGGCAGAGCUUAGUGGAGAAUCUGCAGCUGGCUCACCAGGAACUCUCCAUCAUUAUUGAUCUCAUCAAUACUGUGGAAGCAAAUGAUGCCGUAACAGUGGCUGGUAUGACCAGGCCAAAGCAAUUACCAAAUGAGCUUCUAUCUGACCUUGCCGUGUCUAUGGCUACCAAGCUACAAAAUUUUCGGCACUUGGGGAAGUAUUUUAAGAAAUCUGCAAAAGCAUUGGAGAAACAAGUAGCCAGGGAAGCACGAUUCUAUGGUGCUUUGAUUAGAUUGCAGCAGAAUUGGAAAAUUAAGUGGCAUAGGAUGGUUGCUGCCUCAUCUGGAAAUGAAGGAUUUUACAUUGACUUAAUUGACAAUACAUUACAUGAUCCAACACUUGUAUUUCGCCCUUCUUCUGCUUCUGCAGUUCGUGUUGAGCAUGACUUGACUGGAAUGCUAGCUGUGAAUUUACCACCUGAUUCAUGUAAAACACUCCAAUUUGAGUUUCAUGGUGCACAUUCAACUGGUAUUUCCAGGCAAUUGGCCAAGCCAGAAGUGAAGGGCACAAUUAUGGAUUCUUCUAGUGAAUCUAAGAAAGAAAAAAGUGAUGAUGAGCAUGUCAAAGAAACACAUUGCGUUCUAAGUGAACUCCACAAGGCUAUAUUUUAUGAACAGGUAUUUGAUCUUGUGAAUCGUGAAGCAUUCAACCCAUCUUUUAGAAUCAACAUGACAGGAGUUCAAGAGAAUUUUUUGCGUUUAAGCAUUGGUCAAGGAGCAUCUGUCUCUCUUUCACUUGUGCCACAUGAUGGAGGUGAUAAAAAAACCAGUGGUGAAGGUGAUGAAACAUUGGGUGCUGUGGUCAUGCCUAUGGAAUCUUUUGAUGGGUCAAAAUUAGAUGAUGGAAAAGUGAACUUGAAGAAGUUAGGAUCUGUAAAUCAAACCAGUUUUGAAAUAUAUUUACAACAAAUUUUCCAUGAACAUGUGUUUGUUAAAGCCAAAAGCAGAUCAUCAAGUUCUAUCAACUCUCGAGUAUCUGUUGCACCUACAAAGAACAGUUCAAAUCUCCUGGGUCAUUUCUGUCGGUCUCUGGCUCACAGGAUGUUCUCAAACAAAGUUCUUGCAGAGCUGGAAACUCUGGUUAGCAAAAUGCCUUAUGUGGAAUUGAUUUCUCACCUCACUUGGCACUCUCGAAAGUCUGCGUGGACGCUCUUGAUGAAGGGGCCUCAGUCAAUUCUCAACUCAGGCAGUGGAGUCAACUCAUCAUACCUGGUCAAGAAUGUUAAAUCUCAGUUCCGCACUAAGGUUUCAGUGUAUGAUGAUUGCAUAAGUGUGGAAGGUGAAGGUGCCCCAAAUGUUGUGGGUCUAUUCAAAGAGAAGUCUUAUGAUAUGUGCUCUUUGAACAGAUAUGACUGUGAUUUAGCAGGUCUUCCUGCUGUUCUGCUGCAGCAGGUAGCGAGCCAAAUCAUACGGUGGCUUCAUGAGGAAGCUCUUAUGGUGGGUAUAAAGGCCAAUAGGGACUUUUUGUCGCUGUGGUUUGAGCUGGAAGAAGGUGAGACCGUUGGUCUCAUGGCACACGUUGACCCCACAGAUCCCAUCGGGUACAUAUCUUGGUGGUUGGUGAUGGAGGAUGGUUAUUCUGAAGAACACAAGGUUCAAGUCGAGGUUAGUAUUGGUGAAUCCGAAAGAAGGAAGUUCUUAGGUUAUUUGUCUUUAGGCGUAUUGUACUCCACACUGCUGGACUUGGUUAGCCUGAGCAGUGGCUCAGUGACCAAUUGAAUUCUUCCUCCCGGAAGAAAUGGUUGUACUAUUUAGAGAAAAGAUAUUUCAAUGAAAUUCUAGUUUGCCCUUCUCAUAUGAAAUGCUACUUUAACCCUGUAAAUGACACCAAGCAUGACACUAUCAUAGACGAUCACACCCAAAAUAGUCAUUUGUAAAACACUCAUUGUUUAUGAGACGCUAGCAAUGUCAACAUUGGUGUUGUAUGUGACUUGAAUGUUGUUGCUACUUAAUCCCCCGCCAACCUCUCGCUUCUCGCACAUCAUCGUCUUCUCUCCCUCUCUACAAUCGACUCUACAUCUCCCUCUGAAAUCGAAGUCCCCACUCCCUCUACCUCUAAAAUCGACCCCAUGUUCUCCGUCAUUUUCUCCGACUAAAGAUUCCAAGCCUUCUCACAAUUGCACGGACGCACGGUUUUGUAUUUCUCUUUUUAUCCGAUUGUCAACUAAAAUGUGGAAAUUGCUGAGAAAUUUAGAAGUUAUAAAUUGCUGGAGAUCUGGAGUGGAGUGUUGAGGCUUCUCAAAAGGGUAAAAUUUCCAAUUCCAUUGCCUGCUUCAUAACUACAGU